AUGACUUCCUUCCAUAGCCGAGUCAAGCGUCGGCCGGGAUCACCCACUCCGGGGUGGUUUACGCGUGGGCCAGAUGGUUAUAACUCUGAGAGUCUGUCUGUAUAUGAGCAUGGCGAUUUCUGUCCCGUUCUGCUGGGUGAUGUGAAGGGUGGACAGGAUUUGCUUCAAAGCGGAGACACGAUCUCCUUCAAAAUUGUCGCCAAGCUGGGCUACGGCUCCUUCUCGACUGUCUGGCUGGCCAAAAAUGUUUGGGCAUCCAUCAUGGGGGACUGCAUAAGGAUGCCUUUCACUUCUGAGGCCCUCCACAAUUCGUUCAUGUGCGACUGCAACGUGGAUAUUUUUUACAUCGGUGAAAAGGGGGAAGCGCCAAGUUUACCCCCAAAUUUGCCGAAGUAUAUUGUUCAACAUGAGGAGAUUGGGCUGUUGACAGAUAAAGAAGAUAUGUCCAAAGUAGACCUCAUCGACUUUGGCUUAUCCGGCGAGAAUUUCUUCGAAGAAUAUGAUCAGCGUGAUUACUUGAAUCAUGAUGAUGAUGGUCAACUCCUCCUGAUUGAUGAUCAUCUAAGUGAAAAUCGUUGCUUAGGAAAAAACAUUAGUUUCAGGAUGUUGAUCGGAGACAUUAUUCACCAUCUCCUUCAGAAGGAUCCCUCUAAACGCGAUCCCGAUACUGUAAGAGAUCUCCUGCGAAAACUCGAAAGUGGCGAUUACGGUUAUGACAGUGGGAGCUCUCAAGAUGGGUCCUAUAAGUUGACCCACAGCAACUACUUGUUUUCUUUGAUCUUAGGUCGAUCUCGACAAAUGCUAUAUGAUGCGUCCUGCUGGUCCUUAAGGCGCUUUAUAACAGAUUUGGUCGUUAAGGGUAAAUUCGCGUUGAUGUCCUUCUGGGUCAACUCUGUUAUUCUCACAAGGCGUGUGAAGGAGUUGGAUGACUUCGUCCACUUUUUUCAUUUGGCGCUGGGGUCAGAUGACGCCUGCUCUGAAGAUGACGGCGGAAGGGGAGUGGUCAUGGAAAUUCCUCGCAGUGAGAUCUCAAUGUCGGCAAAUUUACCUAUGGACAUUUUGACUGAUGGCGGAAUGCGCAUGCAGUUUGUGAACGAGGCAAGCCUUGUGGGCAAAAUUGGUAUGAACUCGCAUGGGUUUGGGUUAUGCGACAACGCAUUGCGGGCGGGAGCAAAGACUACUGACAGACUACCGACGCAUAUCAUGCCGCGUUGGCUCCUCCAGUACACAAAAAGCUUCGAUCAAGCGCUCCAGGUGAUUCAGGAAUAUGGCUGUGCUUGCACUUGCAAUUAUAUUCUGAGUGAUAUGAUCAACGGUGGUUUGUUUACCCGCGAGUCCUCGUAA